AUGGCUAGAAACGGCCCUGACGACGAGGGACAGUACUUUCAGAUGGAGUCAGAGUUCUGCUUUGAGUCCAGAAACAACUCCUGCUUAAAGAGAAGUUAUCCCCUCCCCAUACGUGUCUGCCUUUACAUCUCCAUCGGAGUUAUAAUCAUUUUAACAGUGUGUGGAAACCUUCUCGUCACGUUCACCGUUGCUUAUUUCAAGCAGCUCCAUACUCCUACCAAUUACCUGAUCUUCUCUCUGGCCAUGUCUGACCUCCUCUUGGGAUCACUGGUCAUGGUCCCUGGUAUGAUUCGGGUUAUAGAGUCCUGCUGGUAUUUUGGCGACUUCUUCUGUAAAGUCUGCAUAAGUAUUGACAUCAUGUUGGUUACAGCGUCUAUUAUUAAUCUGGCAUUCAUUUCUAUUGAUCGAUACUAUGCUGUCUGCCAGCCUCUGCUUUACAGAACUAAAAUGUCUACUCGUGUUGUGUUGAUUAUGGUUUUACUGUGUUGGAGUAUUUCUCCUAUUAUGGGCUUUGGGCUAGUUUUUUUUAACCUGAAUACUUUUGGAAUGGAAGACUCUCACUAUAAGCAAUAUGUAUGUGAAGGCAGGUGUUCUAUGACUCAAGGCAAGCUCGCUGGCACGUUGUCGACUUUAGUUUGUUUUUACAUGCCAGGAGUAAUACUGCUGGGAGUCUACAUGAAGAUUUUCCUCGUUGCAAAGAAACAGUUUCACAGCAUACACAAUGCCAGCGCUGUUAAAAUGUCAAACACAAACCAGACAAAAGCCACCAAAACCCUGGCCAUCAUCCUUGGUGGGUUUCUUUCUUUCUGGAGUCCUUUUUUCAUCUGUAAUCUAGUCUAUCCUUAUGUGGAUUACUCAGUACCACGAGAACUGUAUAGUGCAUUUGGAUGGCUGGGCUUCCUGAACUCUACUGUGAAUCCUAUGAUUUAUGCAUUCUUCUAUAGUUGGUUCAGAAAGGCGUUUCGUUUAGUGAUUUCAGGUAAAAUCUUCAAAUCAGACCUUUCAGAUAUGAUACUUUUUACUGAAUAA